UGCCGCGCUCGGCUAGAAAGGUGACUAUGCCAAGAAGACAGGAGAGGUAUCGAGCACGCCUGUGGUAUACCCGCAGUCACCUUUCUCUCCUCGUGACCGUAGCAUAUGCUCUGCGAACGUUCAUGGCGCAUUCGCGGCUCCUUUAAUAACGGCGCUGCACUGCGGCUUUCGUAGGCGCAUCGCGUUUUGCAAAAAAAAGAAGAAGAAAAAAAAAGAAAAAUAGAUUCGCAAAGUGCGAGAGCCGAUCCCCGAAUUCGAGCGCGGACCGAGUUUGAAUUUCGCGCCGAAAGAAAAAGCGCGCCAAUUCAGUUCGUUCCGGAGUGCAGAAGUGUGGAGUCGCGCGGACGAAGAGGAGAGAGUAACAUCGCCCGCUCGUCAUCCUACGGGAAUCAGCGUCCCGAUUGUGAAUUCCUUCGUCAGCGGCCAUCCGUCAACCAGGAGGGAAGAUGAUAAUCGUGAGCAGCGUGUUGCUGAUUCUAGCGGUCGUGUCGAGAGUCGGCUGUCAACGAAAUACUCCGAGAAGUGCAAGAGCUAGCAGAAAUGAGGCAGCUUUGGAAUUCGAGUGCCCUGAAGAAUUUGGAUACUAUCCUCAUCCGCGCGAUUGCACACAAUAUUAUGUAUGUGUUUUCGGUGGCGCCUUGCUGGAGUCUUGCACGGGAGGUCUUAUGUACAGUCACGACCUGCAAACGUGCGAUUGGCCGCGAAAUGUAGGCUGCCCGGAAGGAGACUCGUCCAACAAGGAGGUCGAGGAAGAUCCCCUAUUGGAAAGAUCCGCGAAACUCGAGACUUUGCAGAACCAACAGCAGCAACAGCAACGACAGCAACAACAAAUACGCGACCAGCAACAGCAGCAGCAGCAACAACGACCGAUCCAGAGGCAGCCGAUCGCGGUUACGGUUACGAGCACGUCGUCGUCGCCGAUCACCGUCUCGCAGAUUACCGAGAGGCAGCUGAGACAGCGGCAGCAAUCCAGGACGAAUUAUCAAGAGGACGAGUACGGUCCCGCGUCGGAGGUCGAGAACGAUCGACAGCAACGAGUGUACCGGGGACAACCUUCGACGAUCGGUCAAGUGCAACGCGACCGCGAUGGCCUUCGCCGGAAUAUUAUCGCGGAGAGGGAAAAGGAUAGUCUGGUGAGCUCACGUGGCCAAGCCGAAACUCAUUACAGAACCCCCGUUCCAACUUCCGAAUCGCCAAGACUUGCCAAAACUCUGGCCUCGACUGUCGCGCCGGUCCUAUCCAAGGCUUAUUAUAACGAUCCAGAUCAAAGUUAUCCGUAUUAUACAAUCUACGAUGACGACGUUUCUAUUUACAAGGACGACGAUUACAAUCAAUAUACCAUCAAUCAAUCGGUGCCGGUGCAGCAGCCAAACGUAAAAAUUAGCGAAGUGAGCACGAAGCCGCAAUAUCAGAAGCCGAAGAAGGUCGGCGUGAACGAGGCGGAUAAAUAUAAUCUCAAUCAUGAUGUGCAAGAUUAUGACAUCUACGAAAAUCAGGCUCAGCUCAAUAAAAACAAAUUCCGCAUAUCCGAUGGUCAACAAUUUAGGACGAAUGUGCUCAGCCAUCCCGUGGUCCACGUGACAACACCAAACGUCAUCGUUGAUACCUUCAUUCCGCUGACUACGAGCACGCAGACUCCCAGCACUACCAGUAGACCUUAUACCAUCAACGCGCCGAGCCGAGGUCGACCGCAGCAGAUCCAUCGGGGCACCGCACCGCCACGAUCUCGACCUACCUUGAAGCCGUCCACCGAGAUAGUUUCGAAGGCGCAGGAGUUCGUUGACAUCUACAGGUAUCCCCCGGCGAGGCCGCUGACGCUUUAUCCGACGCCUCAAGUGGACAAACCAGCGGCGAAGUGUCGCAAGGAUGUCUGCUUACUUCCGGAUUGCAACUGCGGAGGCGCCGAUAUUCCAGGUGGUAUUCCGGUCGUGCAGACGCCGCAGAUCGUUCUGCUUACUUUCGAUGACGCCGUAAACGACCUUAACAAACCCCUGUACAGCGAUCUGUUCGAAAACGGUCGUAAAAAUCCCAAUGGCUGCCCGAUCUCGGCAACCUUUUACGUCUCGCAUGAAUGGACAGACUAUAGCCAGGUGCAAAAUCUCUAUGCAGACGGUCACGAAAUGGCGUCACACACUGUCUCGCACAGUUUCGGCGAACAAUUUUCGGCUCGAAAGUGGGCGCGAGAAGUUGCUGGACAGCGUGAAAUUCUGGCUGCAUACGGAGGCGUCAAGUUGGAGGAUGUCAGAGGAAUGAGGGCUCCCUUUUUAUCGGUCGGAGGGAACAAUAUGUUUAAGAUGCUGUGGGACACAAACUUCACGUACGAUUCUUCCAUGCCAAUUUACGAGAAUCGACCGCCCAGUUGGCCAUACACGCUGGAUUACAAACUCUUCCACGACUGCAUGAUACCGCCCUGUCCCACGAGAUCCUAUCCAGGAUUGUGGGAAGUUCCUAUGGUAAUGUGGCAAGAUCUCAAUGGAGGUAGGUGCUCCAUGGGAGAUGCCUGUAGCAACCCGCCGACUCCGGACGGCGUAUACAAGAUGCUCAUUAAGAAUUUCGAGAGGCAUUAUACGACUAACAGGGCGCCUUUUGGGCUGUUCUACCAUGCUGCAUGGUUCACUCAGCCGCAUCAUAAAGAAGGCUUUAUAUCGUUUCUCGAUACCAUUGUCGCGAUGGACGAUGUAUGGGUAAUUACCAAUUGGCAGGCCUUACAAUGGAUCAGGAAUCCAACGCCUCUGGCGCUUUUGCACACGUUCGAACCCUUUGGAUGCCAUUAUCCGGACCGACCCAAGAAGUGCAAUAACGCGAAGGUCUGCAACCUUUGGCACAAGAGCGGCGUGAGAUACAUGAAGACGUGCCAAGCGUGCCCGGACAUUUAUCCCUGGACAGGCAAGACCGGUAUACGUAGCAGUCGCAUCGACAAUGAGAUCGACGCCCACGAAUGAGCGGACGGAAGCUUCAAAACUUCGUUGUGAUCGGGGAGAAUCCCCGAAUCAAACGAGGACUCGGAUCAACACGAACGUCCAAAAGACGCGAUCGAGAGAUCUAAAUGAGACCUUAAUCCCUUUCACGGACAUAUCUUAGAUAUAUAGAUACAUAAACAACAUGCGACUUUUUUCGUGUGGAUGUGUGUUUUAGAUAUAUAUUUUUUAAACAUAUUUCCUUUUAGAGACAUUUUCACUUAUUUGGAAUAUCUCUUUUGGACUUUCGCGUUGUUCGGGGACGCGGCAGCGCGCGCGAAAGGGGGGAGACACUCUUCUGUUCGGGCAAAUAAUUUCAAGUAUUAUACGCGCGUGUCCUAAGUGAACACAGAUUCGGGCCGAGUACGCCGAUGCAAGUUUUACGCUGAAAAGAAGUCUGCAAAAUUUUCGCGUUUCCACGUUAGAGUGUAUUAAAAAUGAAUUUAUAGCUAUGCGCUGGAUCUCUAACGAACCGAGACCCCGUUAUAUUCAUCAAUGACAAGGUUUGUGAAUGAAAAUUUUGUUAGUAGCUAUGAUUUUCAUUCGAAAAGAAACAAAAAAUAGUUAACAUCUAGUUAUGUUAUAGGAAAUAAUUUAUGUAAAUUAUCAUAUGCCUAAAUUUUGUUAAUUUCUUCUAAGUGAAUUCUGGCCGGUGCUAUAAGUUAAAAUACGAAAUGAAGUUGAACUGAAGAGACAAGCGUAUGUGUGUGGUAAAUUAAAUUAAGUUAAUUAAAAUCAAAAUUAUCAUCGCGACGAAAUCGUGCAUGUAAGAUCGCGCGAAGAAUAGUUAAAGUAUUUAUACACUUUCUUUUCUUUGUCUUUUUAAAAAUCAAUGAGAAGAAGAUCGAUCGCGAUCACGAGGCACCUUUCUUUCCGCUUUUCUCGUGUUCUCCCCUCACUUUUUUCUCCUUCCUUUUCCGUUUUUCUUUCUCUUUCUCUCUCAAAUCCACAAACAUCCUUGGCGUACUCGGCCAAAUUCGGCCAAAUAGAGCAAUUAAUUAAAUCGCAAUACGUAAUAAUUAAUCAUCGAGAUAUAAGCGUAAACGUCGGUCACCGAAGAUAUCCGUAUUUAAGCGAAUUCGUGACUGUUGGUCGCGAUUGAGAUUCAUCAUGCGCGGAGGUCACUUUGUGGAAAAAAAGGGAAAGACUAGGGGAAUUUUCACCUUGACGAAGUAUCGUGCGCACGAAGGGAUCGUCGUGUUUAUCUUCUAGAACAUAAAAUGUAAUAUGCCUUUAAUAAAUAAAUAUUUCGCUACAA